AUGACUGAGGGAACGAAGUGGGCUCCUGGUACUGCAUGGAUCGUCAAAGGCUACAAUCCUAAUUCACGCACUAGUGAUCUAGAGUUUAUGAUGAAGGAUGAAGUGGCAACCUUGCCUCGGGUCUCGGAGGUGAUUAUUAUCUGUCCUACGAGCCCUUGGUGUACGAUUACGCUAAAACGAAUCUUCAGUUACGCAGAACACGCGCUGACGGAAGCUGAGUUCUCAGCUCUACCACAGUCGAUACAAGAUCGUGUAAGACGGUCCGCAAUUGAUAGAGAAGCACUAGCCUCAGGAGUCAUGGGUGGUUGGAACGUUGCCGAUUUCCCGUACAACCGGUGCAAACGCAUUGAUUGGCUGCGCGACAAAGUAUUGUUUGACAGUCUCGAGCGAGAUGAUAGCUUUUCGCGUGAUAGGCUGGGUUACGCGGCCCCGAACGUCUUCAAGAUCAUUACAUCGUGA